AUGGGAUAUUUCAACAACAGCACCACAUGGAACGAAAGUCAUGAUGAAAACAUCAACACCUUCAACGACACUGACCACAACGAUUUCAUGUUCUGCACAAUGAAUGGAUGUUCUAGUGGUAAAGAGGCAUUUGUCUCAUACGUUAUUACAUGGAUCAUUGUCUGCAUCAGCCUUCCUUUGACCCUACUGGCCAUCUACUCACUGUGUUUUCUGGUCAGAAAGGAUCACGGUGCUCCAGUGUACAUCAUCAACCUCCUCAUUUCUGAUCUGGUUCAGCUCCUCUGCAUGACUAGUGGUGUGGCGUACAUUGGGUUGCUGUGGGUUGUUGAUUUUAUUUAUUAUCAUGGUCUGUUUACCAGCGUUGGCUUCAUGGUGUGUAUCUCCCUAGAAAGGUAUUUGCUCAUCGUCUGGCCGCUGUGGUACAGAUUCAGAAGAACCAUCAAGACCUCUGUGGUGGUCUGUGUCCUAGUCUGGAUCCUUCCUCUUGUUUAUUUCCUGACAUACAUUUUUGAUGAUCAGGUCAAAAAAUACGUCGCUGCCAUCUACAUCCUCCUCCCCCUCCCUCUGUUCAUCCUCUUCCUGGGUGGGACUCUUAAAGCCCUGUCUGCAUCCAUCAGUGUCUCCUCUGAUGAAAAACGAAGAAUUGUGGCAGUUUUGGUCGUAUUGCUGCUCAUUUACAUACUGCUGUUCCUGCCAACUGCCAUUUGGUUUCUGGCAAGUAAAAUAAUAAGAGUUCACUUCUGGAUUUUAUCUGACAUUCUCAUUCAGCUGAGUCCUCUUGCAGACUUGAUUUUGUACAUUUUCAUGAUGAAAGGAGCCACAGACAAGAUUUUGGCCUCACUGUGUUGUUGCAGAAUGCAGAUUCAGGAAUCAACAGAAUUAACAGCAUGA